AGACAUUACUUUAUCUGCUGAAAGGUCUAUAGAUUGUUCUAUAGAACUGGGCAUUCUAUAGAAUGUCUAACAGAAAUUCUAUAGACAUUAUCCUUUAUCUGCUGAAAGUUCUAUAGAUUGUUCCAUGGAAUAAAAUUCUAUAAAAUGGCAGCAGCGCUAUCACCAUAGCAUUGAUUAAUCUCAUUAAGUUGAUUCACCAGACUUGAGCUUGUUUUUUGAACAAUGCAGGAUGUCUCCCUCAAUUAUGAAAAUGUUAAUUUUGUAUCAUUCAAAAUUGUGAGGUGUCAUUUCAAGGCGGACACCCAGAACUUCGGCAGACUUUAUUUUUAAAAGUAUAUUUAUUCCAAUAAAUCAAUUUAUUUUUAUUUUUAGAGUUUUUGAGUUAUCUAUAAGUAAAAAGUGUGAAUAUUUUCGUAACUUACUUUUUUAUGUGAUAAAAUUAAUUUUAUUGGACUUCCAACAUAAAUUGAUUUAGCAAAACUCAGUUCAAAGGUUUAAAUCAGACCUAAAACGUCAGGACCCGCCCACGUACCUGCAUGCAGCUGUGGAAGAACAAGCCCAGACACGUUUCUUCACGGAGCCCAAUAGGAAAACACUUUACCGAACUCAUGUUUAGGGUCUUCUAGGCGCGAUGCGAGACGUCACAAGCGGGCUAACGUUGAGCCAAACAGCAGCUUCGAGGCACGGGCGGAAAUGAGAAGGAGUUUGGCCCCCAGUCAGGUCGCCAAACGGAAGCAAGGGGAGGAUGAUCAUCGAGACGAAAUAUAGUAUAUUAACCACGAGCGGUUCUCGAGAGAAGAUGAAUGGAGAAAAUUGGGACAGUGAUGAAGAAGUCCAAGUUCCAUGGCCACUCAACAAAGCAGGAGGAAGGAAGCAGUCACAAACCAAAUACGUGGCAAGAAUUCUGAGAUUUGGUGAAGACACACGUGAACUGACGCCAUAUUUGAAAGCCGCUCAGGAUGGCAAGGAUGUACCCCUUACUGGUGAUUUGGAAUAUGGCAGAGGCAAGAGAAACAAACAGCCAAAGUCUUGGUCAUCAGACAGUGAGAGCAAGGAUGAAAGUGUUGAGGAGACUCUAUCUGACAGACAGCAGAAGAAAAAGAGGAAAGUAAGCCGUACAGCUGUGGGAUAUGAUGCUCGGGCACAAUUGAAGGCCCAACUUGCUGCUCUGGGAAGAACUUCACCGAAAGAUACAUGUACAGAAAUGGAAUCCCUGAAGAAGGAAGUCCUCCAGUUGAGAGAGGAAAACAAAUCCCUUCGAGAUGCAUUGAGGGUUGUUGAAGGACUUCCUGGCCUGCUAAUGAAGAUGGACGACUUAUCACGUCAGGCAACAAUACUAUCAGCUCGACGUCCUGCUGUCGCUCUGCCAGAGAGGAGCUGGCCAACAGCAGCUUGACAGGAAAAAAAUCCAAUGCUUUUAAGGAUAAGCAUGAGAAACCAAAACUGGAUGACAAGAAAGUGUCUGCUAUUAUUGAUUUUGUGAAGAAGCUCCAUCCCUCAAGUGAAGCAAAUGUGAUAAAGAAAAUCAUUGGAGUGAAACUGAACAUUGCGCAGAAAAUGGGAAAAAAAGAAGGCCUCAGAAACAAA